CGGGUCGCUCUACUCGAACACUCACACCCCCCGCGGGACUGACCGAGGCGUCCGCAGGUUGCCGCCGCUACGCCCGCUAGCCUCCCCGCGUCCAGCUAGCUGGCUAAUCCCGGCUCUUCCUGACACCGCGCAUCUGAACUGCGGCGGCUCGACCGUGGGACGUGUGGCUGCCACGACUCGCUGCCCGGCUGCUGUGGACGCUUCCUCGACCCUUUUUCUGGAGCACCACCCUGCUGAGAUGGAUAAUUUGAGUGACGCGCUGGCGAAGCUGAAGCUGGUGUCCAAAGACAGCGCGGCUGACAGCGUGGAGAGUUGCCUGGACUGUCUGCUGAAGGCCCUGACCAGCAACAAUGCUGAAGCCAGUAUGAAGAUCCAGGAGAUGGGUGUCCUUCCUCAACUUCCUAAUCUUCUGAACCCCCAGUCUUCAUGCACUCCAAAAGUCGCCAAUAUUGUUGCUGAGCUCGCCAAAAAUGAGUUCAUGCGGAGCCCCUGUGUGGACGCUGGCCUCAUCCCUCCUCUCGUUCAGCUGCUGAACUCCAGCGACCAGGAGGUUCUGCUGCAGACCGGCCGCGCUCUUGGCAACAUCUGUUACGACAGUCAUGAGGGCAGGAGUGCAGUUGACCUGGCAGGAGGGGCUCAGAUAGUAGCUGAACACAUUAAAACCCUCUACCAAAAUACUGAGCCGGGAAAUGAGAAGCUCUUGACUGUCUUUUGUGGCAUGCUGAUGAACUAUAGCAAUGAUAAUGAUUCCCUUCAGGCACAGCUGAUCAACAUGGGUGUGAUUCCCACCCUGGUCAAGCUUCUGGGCAUCCACUCCCACAACACGGCCCUGACGGAAAUGUGUCUUAUCGCCUUUGGGAACCUGGCGGAGCUCGAGUCCAGCAAAGAACAAUUCGCUUCCACCAACAUUGCUGAGGAGUUGGUGCGUCUUUUCCAAAAGCAAACGGAGCAUGAGAAGAAGGAAAUGAUUUUCGAGGUUCUGGCUCCUCUCGCAGAGAACGAUGCCAUUAAGUUGCAGCUGGUGGAAGCAGGGCUGGUGGAGUGUCUCCUGCAGGUGGUGGCCCAGACUGUGGAAGGAGACCGAGAAGAGGACGUCACCCAACUCAAGACAGCUUCUGACCUCAUGGUCCUCCUGCUGCUGGGAGAUGAGUCCAUGCAGAAGCUCUUUGAAGGAGGCAAAGGCAGUGUCUUCCAGAGAGUCCUUUCCUGGAUACCGUCGCACAAUCACCAGCUCCAGCUGGCCGGAGCGCUGGCUAUUGCUAAUUUUGCACGCAACGAUGGGAACUGCAUCCACAUGGUGGACACUGGAAUUGUGCAGAAACUUCUCGAACUGUUGGACCGACACGUGGAAGAAGGGAACGUCACCGUUCAACACGCUGCUCUCAGUGCUCUGAGGAACCUCGCCAUUCCAGUGGUCAACAAGUCUAAGAUGCUGUCCGCAGGAGUGGUAGAUGUGGUUUUGAAGUUUCUCCAGUCCGAGAUGCCACCUGUUCAGUUUAAGCUGCUGGGGACGUUACGCAUGCUGAUUGACACACAAGCUGAAGCUGCCGUCCAGCUGGGAACCAACAACAAACUGGUGGAGAGGCUGGUGGAGUGGUGCGAGGCCAAAGAUCAUGCCGGAGUGAUGGGCGAGUCCAACCGACUGCUGUCGGCUCUCAUACGGCACAGCAAAUCGAAGGAGGUCGUCCGUGCCGUCAUACAAGGAAGCGGAGUCAAACACUUGGUCACUAUGGCAACCAGUGAGCACAUGAUCAUGCAGAAUGAAGCGCUGGUGGCGCUGGGCCUCAUCGCAACACUGGACUUGGCUGCAGCUGAAAAAGACUUUGUGGGGUCCAACCUGGUGUCAGUGCUUCACAAGCUGCUGUCAGAUGAGCGAAGUGCUCCGGAGAUCAAAUACAACUCCAUGAUUCUCAUCUGUGCAGUUAUGGGCUCUGAGCCCCUUCACAAGGAAGUGCAGAACUUGGCGUUCAUCGACGUGGUCUCCAAGCUGAGAGCUCACGAAAACAAGACGGUAUCACACCAGGCCUCGCUGACGGAGCAGAGGCUAACUGCCCAGAGCUGAAUGACUGUGUGGCCCCCACCCUCACCCACAUGCCUGCCUCCUCAUCGACUCCCACAUCCACAACCGCACCUCCGUCCGCGCCCCUUGUGCCUCAUCGUCCUGUGCCAAGGUGCCACGUCUUGUUAACUGCCAGACACAUCCUCCGCCCUGCCCCCUCAGAGACAGACCCAUGUGGAUUCUAGAACGGAUGAGGACGUUUUUAUCAAAGCUCGGUGGUCUCUGAUGGACCCGAGCACCACCUAGUUGCACCACCUCUUUUCUAAAAGCCAUAACGAUUCAUUUGGUGGACGUGCAGGGUCGGGCACAUCCGUCUGUCUCUAGUCACCCACUACUUGUGCAUGCAUCUUCUGCUACAAGUAGCAACUAGCCAACGCAAUAGAGAUGACACUAGUACGACCACCGCUGUGACGCCAUCCACCCCAAAACCCGCCCGUGCAGUGCAGAAAAGAACAAAAAAAAACAAAAACACUUCUCGUGGUCAUUUUUGAUAAAGGGCAGCCAUCACCGAUGUGUUCCAUGUAGCUUGAGUAUAAAUCGACUAGACUGCAUGUUUAUGUCCUGUCAACGGUGCCAGUGUUCCACAGCGUCAUGCAAAGAAGCACCGCACCUCUUUAAACUGAAGGCCAAAACUCUUUUAAUGAGUGCCAGACUUGCUCACCGUGACCUGUUUUAGGAUGCACCUCUAUCAAGUUCAGAUACAUGGAUAUUGAGGAUUUUAUUUUUUUGGUUGGAGACAAUCAGGCGACACAACUUGAAUUGAAACUUGCUAUGAAAACCACAUGCCCCUCUGGUUGAAGGGGUGACCUCAGAGAAGAGCAGCGAUCUUGCGUCUCAUCCUGUUUCAACAGGAGAACAUGCUGCGGUCACUGUCCGGAGCGAGAGUCAGGACAGACUACAGUCAGAACAAACCUGUUGUUUACUAUAAACCCUUUCUUCAACCUUGUAAUUUCCUCUCCAUUUUUUAUGCUUUCUUUUUAACAGAUUCUUUUUUCUUUCAGUAUUGUGCAGAGAUUUGGGUUUUGCGGAUCUUUUGAGCUCUGCAUUGAGGAAACCCCUUUCAUCUCAAAGUAUCUUUUUAGUUUUUAUACAAUGCCAAGAUUUCAACCUUAAUAUUCCUCAGCCGACUUGUUGGUUUGAGUAAUUCUUGUUGGGUCAACCACAGUCUUCAGCCACAACUGCACCCAAAAUUGAAAUUUUGCCUUGCAUUGGAUGAGCCAUUCCUCACCAACAAAAAAUUUUGUGUUGGAGGCGGAGCUCUGUGCCGAGAGGUGCACCGGGACAGGCUGUCGUUUGGGAAGUGGCCUGCACAGUGUGAGCAGAGCUGGUGGUCUGGCAAAACAAUCGAGUCUACUUCACACUGGAUUCUACUGCUAAUUCAGCCAAUCACGCGGCUCGGAUUUACUGUGUUCUUUUGUCCGGCCCACUUCUCCGUCUUGUUAAAAAAAAAAGAGUGAAUGGUUAUUUAUCAAAAUUGUGGUCAUCUACAGACAGUGGACAUGUUUCCAUAGUAACUAUGUAAAGAAAACUAUAAACCUAAGUGUUGUAAAUGUCAUGAGUUGUACAUUCGAAGGAUUGUAACGCAGCAGAUCAUUAAAGAUAAUAACUGAUGGCCUUGUUC